AUCAAGAGUCCUUCUACUGUCCAUCAUCAUUAGCUUCUUAAAGCAACGUUUGAUAAUUAAUUAUAUCAUAAACGAUUGUUCGAUACUGCGAUGUAGUUUUUGAUAGCAUAUAGAUACGUAUGAUGUCUAAGCGAAAGGAUCUUCCCCAUUCAUACUUGAAGCGUAGAAUGACGUAAAUAGUCCUAUUCCAGCUGAAUCGAUCGAAUAAACGAGUCUGCGUGUUAGCAGAGGCGCCAUACGACGUCCUCAUACGCUUCUUCGUCACUGACGGAUUUGUUCGUCGUAGUAUUGCCGCUUGUGACACUCUUGGAAAUCUUUCUUUGAAAUAAGAAAAAUCUCUACGAGGAGAGACCAAUUUCUAACAUGCCAUCGGUGCGGCGGAUGAUCCUGGGGCACGUCAUGUCCGGAUUAUAUGCGAAACUUAAUCGUACGAAGAAAUUGCAUGGAGAUUUAUUGGAAACACCGAUGAAGAGAUGUCUCUCUACUUUCGAUAUUACUUUGCUUGGUGUCGGACAUAUGGUCGGUGCUGGAAUCUAUGUCCUGACAGGAACGGUAGCUCACCAUUUAGCUGGACCAGGCGUGAUUUUCAGCUUUCUUCUAGCCGGUGUAGCUUCAUUGUUAGCCGCUCUGUGUUAUGCCGAAUUUGGUGCGAGAGUGCCUAAAGCUGGCAGUGCUUAUGUUUAUACUUACGUUUCUAUCGGUGAAUUUUGGGCCUUCGUUAUCGGUUGGAACAUAAUAUUGGAGCAUAUGAUUGGUGCUGCAUCCGUGGCAAGAGCUUGGAGUGGUUACGUAGAUUCCUUGGCAGGAGGAGCGAUCAGCAAUUAUACUCAUUAUUUAAUGGGUGGUUAUACAAUGGGAGAACCACUUGGUACCAUGCCGGAUUUCUUGGCAUGCGGUUUAUGUCUUGUUUAUGCAAUGCUUCUAACAUUAGGAGUGAAAUGUUCGGCAGCCGUUAAUUCUCUCUUGACUUUGGUCAAUUUAGCUGUCAUGAUACUGACGAUCGUUUUGGGAAUUUAUUACGCAGACAUCUCGAAUUGGAGCAACGAAAACGGUGGAAUUUUUCCAUAUGGUUUCAGUGGAGUACUUGCCGGCGCAGCAACAUGCUUUUACGCUUUCGUUGGCUUCGAUUCGAUCGCAACAUCCGGAGAAGAGGCACUUGAUCCAGGACGAAGUAUUCCAUUAGCAACGAUUCUUUCGAUGGCUAUUGUCACUAUUGGAUAUGUAAUGGUCGGUGGUGUUCUUACUUUGAUUGUCCCUUACUGGAACAUCAACCCUACUGCAGCACUUCCCGAAGCUUUCGCAUCGAGAGGUAUACCAUGGGCUAAAUAUGUGAUUAGCAUCGGUGCACUUUGCGGAAUGACAACGACUCUCUUCGGUUCGCUCUUUUCCUUACCGAGAACGAUGUAUGCUAUGGCAAACGAUGGUCUCCUUUUUGGUUUUCUCGGUUAUAUAAGCAAUCGCACUCAAGUACCAGUUCUUAAUCUAAUGAUUAGUGGAAUUUUUAGUGCGUUGAUCGCUCUUCUUUUCGAUUUACAACAUUUGGUUGAAUUCAUGUCUAUUGGUACUUUCCUGGCGUAUACCAUCGUGUCGGCUAGUGUCAUAGUACUCAGAUAUCGUCCUGAAAAAAAUACACCUGCUGCUUCUAUCGCUGGUACACCGAGCAGUUUAGCUUCACCACCUACAGAGGGUGCAGAUUUUAAUAGUGAUUGCAAUAGCAUUGCAUCAGCAUCAGCCGAGCUUUUAGAUUCCAGCGAAGGUGUCGGAAAAUUAAAAUCACGAUACAGUUGGUUAGCAAAUUCUUUAGGCAAUUGUGAGCCUGGAACCGCCGUGGCUUUUACCGUAACACUUUAUACAUUAGCCAGUGGUACCCUUUGCGGGAUUUUGAUGCUAUUGUUCCAAUCAUCUUUCGAAUCAGCAUGGAUCGAUUAUAUAGUCUUGAUGAAUGUGAUUCUUCUGAUAAUCGGGUUGUUGGUAAUCGGUGCACAUCAACAAAAUCCACCAAGUGGUAAAUUUCAAGUACCGAUGGUACCUUUGAUUCCAGCUUUAAGUAUCCUUUUCAAUGUUGGUUUGAUGUUCCAUUUGUCAUUAUUAACAUGGUUACGAUUUUUCGUCUGGAUGAUAGUAGGAAUGCUUAUUUACUUCUUGUAUGGUAUUCACUACAGUAAGGAAGCAGUUAGUCCAAAUUCAUAUUCAGUUUUAAUGGCUACUUCAGAAGCAGUAAGAGGUGCUAAAUGGGGUGCAACGUUACGCGUUAAUCAAAAAGUUGACAAAAUACCUAUUCUUGACGAAAACGAACAUUAAGACUGUAGUAUUACAAGUAAAAGAUUUAAAAAGUAGACAGUAAGUAUAGACGUAGUAAUAACGUGGAAAAGAAAGAGAGAGAGAGAGAGAGAGAGAGAGAGAGAGAGAGAGAGAGAGAGAGAUCUAAAGAAAGAAAGUAAUAAUAAUUAUAAAGUAAUUUAGGGAUGUUUGCAAGUCGUUUACAAAAAAGAAGUUAUUUGAUCGUAGACGUAUAAUCAUACGAAUGAUUAUUUUUUCAUAGGAAAUUGAAAACUAACGAUCGAAGAACUUGACAUUUUUAAAUGUAAAGAAAAUGAUAGCCUUCAUGAUUUGAGAAACUAGAAAAAAGAUUUUCAAUAUAUGAAUACGACGAAUUUAAUUUUCUUUCGAUAAGAAUUAUGUGCUUUUUUAGAAUCGACUAGUAUUCGUAUACAGUUGUAAAUAAUGGUGCUUUAAGUGAUGUAUCUAAUGAAUCUGUGUUUUAAGAUCUCCUCGUACCAAUUCGUAUAGAUCAGCUUCGAUGAGACUUUCAAAUCUGUAAGACUGGUAAUUUUUGCUAAUACUUAUCCUGACGAGCUUGCAGCGAAUCUUUCAAGAUAUACAGUAUAUAUGUAUGUAUGUGUAUAUGUAUAUAUAUAUAUAUAUAUAUAUAUAUAUAUAUAUAUAUAUAUAUAUAAUGCUAGAACAUUUAAACGUACUGUACAAUAAUUAGAUAAAAGAUGGGGUUACGAGUGAGUAUAUAUGUUAAAACGAUUUGUCUUCUUUAUAUUUAGUUACGCACAAGUUUGUUGAACGAUACAAAACGUGCUUAUAAUAUCGCUGAUUUACUGUAGUUCUAUUUUUAAGAAAAUAUAUUACAAAUAUUAUAUAUCUAUUAUAUAUCUACAUUUAUCUAUAUAUAUAUAUAUAAAUUAUUGCAAAGUGGUUACGAGGAUUAUUAAUAAGAUUUUUGUUAAAAGUAUCCUCCUUUCGAUUUAUUUUAUACAAAAGUGAUUAAAAAAAAGAAAUAUUGUUUCGAUGAUACGAUGAUAGCUUUCAAUUAGUAAUAUGAAAGAUGAUAUCAUGUUAUCGAGUUGACGCUUAGAUGCAAACGUCCCGAUAACAAUUUUCAUUUCAAUAUUUUAUCCAUCUAAGAAUAUAUAAGUAAAUCAAGAUGAAAAAUCGAAGACAAUGAUAUAACAGCGAAAUGAAUAAUAAAUAUCUAUCUUCGAUCAUAUAUAUACUUUUACGUUUGCAUCCAAGGGCUGAGAAAUGGUGCCUUGGGAACGAGUAGACUAUUUAUAAAAAUAAGAUUUAUGUAUUUAAAAAAAUGACAAUAGAUUUCGUCCGUAAUACGACGAUUAUUAAGAUUAAGAUUAUAAUUGGAUUUAACCGAGCAAUUUGCUAUUUUCAUGGGCGUUUAGGAAAGGGAGAGGAUUAGGCAGAAUGAACGAAUACUCUCCGUCUCGUGGGAUAAUGAAAGUAAUAUUUUUUUGUAAAUAUGUCUUUUUGUAAAAAAAAAAAAUCUUUAGAUAUAAUAUUACAGUACAAACUUCAAUCAAAACUUAAGUUUGCUUUUUUCCUACGAUUAAAGAAAAAAAAAAAUUAUAUAAAGCACCUCCCCUUCCUACGUCAACCGAUAAGAGAAUAAUUAUAUUUGUUACUUUUUUAUUGUAUGCAAAGUUUCUUUAAGAUAAUCAAUAACAAAUACUUUUUGUUUGUUAGGAUAAUUGUAUUUAUCGAUGUUAUUUAUUUAAUUAUUUAUAUAAUUGUGCCUAUUGUAAAAUUUAAUUUAUUAUAAAUUCAUUAAUCGUGUAUAUCUACUUAUAGAUACAUAUAUAUAUGUAUAUGUAUAUCGUAUAUAUAUAUAUAUAUAUAUAUAUACAUAUAUAUAUAUAUAUAUAUGUAUAUAUAUGUAUAUGUGUAUAUGUACAUGGUUUUCUGCUUUGUAGAUGUAAAACAAAUCAUCAAUUAUAACGAAUAUAUUGAAUCAACAUUAUACGUGCAAAUGGUUAUAAUUAAUUAUGUACUACCAUCGAAGUGUCAUAGAACUAUAUAAUAUUUGUAUGUUUCGCUUAGAUGGUAGUAUAGCAGAAAUACAAACUUAUCGAAAUAAUUAGUCGAAAUUAAAAGUUUAAUGACAUAAGAUGUGAGUAUGUGUUUAUAACGACAUGUUAUUAUAGAUUAUUAUAGAAAGUAUACAAAAAUAAUGUAAUCUGAUUACUGUACAAAUCGAUAUUACAAUAUGAUGUUACAUGUAAGAUAACUCCAAUAAUAUAACUCCUUACUUGCUGCUUUA